AUUGAUGCUUCUGCUGUGCUACGCCGAAUCGAGGGUACCCCGACACUUGCUGUACGAUGGGGGCCUAUCGAGGACGCUGACUCCGACGCGCUACUCCGCCAUACAAAUUGUUAGUAUGCGGCAGCCUGAGAGCGGAAUACCGAGACUUUCCUUUCAUUCCGGGCCAGGUAUACGUAUGUAACGUUUCCUUUUCCACAAAUCGAAGUCGUGCCAGAUUGCUACAAUAUCUAUUGCUUUUUGUCUGCCCCUUCCACCAUUCUCGCUUCUAUUCAAGGGCUUCAGUUGGCCCUAUCGCAUCUGAUCUCCACACAUACCUACUCCCAGCCGAACUCCGCCCGCAGCAAAAUGAAGCUCGAAGCGCAGCUAGCCUCGCCAGCAGAUCUCGAAAAGGCCAAAACAAUCUACGGCGCAGACAAGGGCGACCUCUGCGCCCCUUUGCUGCGAGCCGCCUGGCCCGAGACAGAAGCCAACGCGCAGGCACGUGCCGAGUGGUCAUGCCAGCAGCAAAAAGAGUACCUGGAGAACGACCCGACAUGCCGCUUCAUCAAAGUCGUCGACCGGGAUGCUGAUGACGAGAUGAUUGCUUUCGGCCGAUGGCACCGCUACCCCGAUGGCCCGGGGAUGACACACCUCAACUUGGAAUAUGCCGGGUUGAAAGAUCGGGAUGAUCCUGCUGCGUUUCCGCCGGAGUUUGGGAAGGCAUUGUAUUGUGAUUUCCUCGACAAGGUCCUCGCAGAUCGACCGGACUGGAUGGAUAGAGGGCUAUGUUGGGUGCUAACCACCAUUCAAACUCGCGCACCUUUUCGUGGAAAUGGUGCCGCGGGGCUGAUUCUGCAAUGGGGGCUGGAGCAGGCGGCAAAGGACGGUGUGCCGGCCUUUCUCGAGGCGGGUGAGAAGGCUGUAGGGCUAUACAAAAAGCACGGCUUCAAAGUAGUCAAGGUCGAAGAGUUCGACUGGUCGUCGUAUGGCCAGCCUGGAUGA